CUCCAAUCUCCCAGGCAGUCCCCCUCCCCCCUCUGUCCCUUGUUGCCCCCUCUCUAUCUUUCUCCCUCUCUCUCUCUCAAUCUUCUCUCUCCCCGGCAGUCUCCCCUGUCUCUCGUUCUCCCUGGCAGACCUCUCUCUCCCUAUCAGCCCUCUCUCUCUGUCAGUCUACUUUCUCUCCCUUGCAGACCUCUCUCUCUCUCCUCCCUCCCUACCAUUCUCUCUCCUCCCUCCCUGACUGUCCUCUCUCUCCUCCCUCCCAUACUAGUGGAUCUCAGGAGCUGUCACAGGCUUUGUGGUGCUGAACAGACGCGGCCGACAGAAGAUGCCUGGAGCUGGGAUUGGCCAUCACUGAGCAGUCUGCGGCACAGGCAGGACCGGGAGGACAUGAGCGACACCAGCAGCUCUCUCCUGCCGGCCGGGGAGAGCAGGAGAACCCACCAUAGACACCAGCUGACACACGAGACUGACACCAGUUUCAGGAGGCCUCUCUGUCACCCCAGAGAGAGCGGGUUAGGGGGCAGCAGGAGGCGCCAGUCCCCAUGCACAGAGGAGAGCCCCCCAGUAGCCAGGAGAAUCCCACCACACGAAGGGAUCAGGAGGUCUAGACACCCAAGCAACCCACACCACCACCAGCACCCCAGCAGCCACCAUAGGCAUCCCCCCAUUCAUCCCCAGCAUGCCUCCACUAACUACCAGCACCAUAGCACCUCUCCUGACCACGGUCACAUCCAGCACCACCCCAACUUCCAGAGCCAUCACCCCCACACCCCCACUCACCACCAGCCACAUCUCAGCCAAAACCAAUACCCCCCAGCUCAUCAGCACAUGGCACCCCACAGCCAUAGACCUCAAUCUUCUAGUCCAAAACAGCAAGUCCCCAGCCCCAGGCAUCAUACCCACAACUCCAGGGAGUACCUACCACCAAGCCCAAGGAAUUGCCCACCCAGUCCCAGAGAGCUCCCUCCUAGCCCCAGGCAGCUUCCUCAUAGCCCCAGGGAACAGCCAGACUCUGCAGGGGAACAGAGGCUGAAGAGGAAAGAGUCCAUGAAAGGGGCAGAUGGAGCCCCCACCCAGUCUGCUAAGCCAAGUGAGCUACCCCCAACCAAAAGCAGUGAUAGUGACCCUGAAGCUGAACCCCUGUUUGUGGAGCUGCACCCUAUCCUCAGCUCUGUGUUUGGCCAGGUGAGUUCCUGAACCCUUCACCUAUUUUCCCCCUUUCUAUCAUAUUGUCCACUUUAACUAUGCCUGCCAGCUACUAACCUUUUUCUAAAGUGCAUCUCUAAAUUUCAUCUAAUUGCUAAACCAUAGUUCAGCAAAUGUAUCAGCAUUCCAUUCCCACAGACCAUCUAACACAGUGAGGGGACAUGCAAUAACAUCAUUGUCUGAUUUUAAACAAUUUAACAAUUUAACAAUUUAACAUUUUAAACAAUGCUAGGGUAUCACAUAAUCAUAUCCCCAAAACACAUUAAAUGUAACAUUUUUAAUUUUAAUUAUGGGCAAUCAUUAAACAAACUUUAUUGAUCUGCUACAUACAGUUGACCUGUUUUCACACAAAUUCACAAACAAUCUUUAAUGACAGGGUGGACAGAGUGGGUCCAUCAUAAAUGGGGCAGUUAUUAAGCAUACAAGUGAACCAUACAGACUAGGGGUAGGCAACCUUCAGUACUCUGGAAGUUUUGGACUACACCUUCCAUGAAGCUCUGUCAAUAUUAUGGCAGUAACAGCAUUAUGGGAGAUGUAGUACACAACAUUUGGAGUGGUUGCCUACCCUUGAUAUAGACCAUGAAAAGACCAUUGCUUACUGAAACACAGAACAGAAACAGAGAUUCUAUCCUUAGUGAUUCUAUCCUCUACCUCCAGAUAGUCUUAUGCAUGUCCCAAGCAUUCCGCAUUUCAUUUACCAAAUCCACUGUUACUAUUUGAUGAAUGUUCCUGGUGAAACCCCUUGGGAUGCCUACAACCCAGCAACGUGAAACCCAUGCCUUUAUUACAGCAAUUCUCCCUUGUUUCAGUAAUUAUCUAACAGUUUUCCCAGUAAAGAGGUCACCUAAUGCAGUAUUGCCAUUUGGACAAAAUUGAUGGUUGAUGGUCUAGGAUUGGUUUGAAAAUCACUGCCUUGAGUCACGAUAAUGAAGUAUGGUGACGUUUGAUAGCUGUGAUCAAUAAUUCCAGAGUGUGUACUUUAUGUACAAGAAUGUCAAAUAAAAAUGAUCCUUUAUUAUUAAUAUUAUUCAAUAUUAAUGGAAAUGAAAGUUAACAUUAUUAGCUUUCACGAGAGUACAUAAUAUAUGCUGACUUUUUUUUUACCUUGCACCAUGAUUGACUGUUACGUACAGUGUUGUAUAUUGGAUGAAAAUGCUAUCUUUCCAAAGACACAUAUAUAGCAUUCGUGCAUAGCAUUACCAUUUAUUUAUAUAGCACCUACAUUGGGCACUAUAGUUAAGUAGCUAUAGUGCUACAAAUGCAUUAGGGUGUUUUAUAGCAAUAAUAUAUAUUUGCAUUUUUUAUAGGGACUGAUAUAUUUUGGUAAAUCUUGUUAAAUUUUUUGUAUGACUAUUUAUGAUGAUACCAUUCUUAUUACAAUGUUCUCUUUGUGAUGUAUUUAACAAUGCCUCAAAACACUGUUAUAUCAUAUAUUUGCACUUUUUUUCCCUCCACUGUGCUCAAGACGUAAUAAAUUAGAUUUCAGACUGCUUUUUUGGUUGCCCUCCUGCUUAUAGCUGAUUGAAGUAUACUAAUCUCCCUUAUCCUUUCUUCUUUCAUAGUACCCUUUCAUGCCCCUUCUAGACCAAAAGGAUUCACAGCUCUGAUCUUUGAUGACAUUUUGAUACAUUAUAAGUCAGGAAUUGUCUGUAACUAGUUGGAUUUUACCCUGGAAAUCUCACAUUUUAGUUAAAACCAGCAACGUUAGGGGGAGAGGGAGGCCAAGUUGGAGACUUUUUCGUUUUAGAUAUUUUUAGCUAACAUUUGGACGAUAAAUAACUAGCGAAUAACCCUGGUAAUGUUGAAGGAUAAGACUGUGAAUAUUUCUGGGUCAAAUAUCAAUAAGAGAAGACCAGAAACGAUAGAUCUUUAUCUGCUGUAAUAUAUAAGGCCAUUAUUCUGAGAGAGUCAGACUAUAGUAUAUGCCGAACAGAUAGUUCAUUCGACACACAUGCCCUUGAUUCUCAGUUUAUGACUUUCUCCUGUAGAAACCAGAAGAAACCAGUUCAUUCUUUUGCGUUUUUUUAAAGAUCAUUAGCAGGGAAACCCAUGUAAAUUAGGAGAGCAAGUGGAAUAAUGUCAUCUCAUUCGCUCUUAUUGACAUGUACAUUGGAUUAAAACUAUCUAGACAUUCAAAUGAAUAUAUAUAUGUAUGUAUAUAAAAUAUAUGUUAAUAAUCUGUGAGUUCUAACCUCACAAAUACAUUACCUCUACCUAUAUUUCUGAACACAGCAACAAAACAUGGGAGAUGAUUUUUUCGAUUACAUUCAGAAGACCACUAGCUUAAUUUAAUUACAUUAAUCACAACCUGUAUUUUUAUUGCUACUCCGUAAACCAUAUAGCUAUAAAAACAAACACAAUCUUCAUAAACCCUUUGUACAUCUCCAUAUAACAACUAAACAGCAAAAGAUGACCAUGCUUCACACAACAUCAUGUCACUGCUAUAGACAGCUUACAUUUUGCCAUAUAGAAGUGAUUAGUGACUCCUAAUAACACAUCAUAUAAAAGUCCCCAUAAUCCCUCUCCUUGGUGGUAUACAAUCAUUUAUGCAAUACGUGACAGCUUAUUUGAAGUUGUCCAUCUCCUCAGAUUCAGGAACAUUUAGCCUUGAAAUGAGGAUGAGACAAAUAGCUUUCAGUACUUAAUAUAAUUCCAAAUACUUCAUUUACUAAUUCACACAACAGCUAUCUUUACCAACCACUCCCCUGUGCUGUUUUAUACAUUAUAACGCAAUAGAUAUACUGUAUUACUUUACUUAACUGUCUGCCAUUUUGUCCACUCAGCAAUAUUGGGGCUUGGUGUAAGAAUGCCAAUAGCACAUCCUGUCAGCUAUGCUUAGAUGUGGGUACCUAUGUAUGAACAAGAUGGGGUAGGCGCUACACAGGUUUUUAAUAACACCUCACACAACAUAAUAUAGUUUCCAACCUGUUCACUAGGGACAUGGGCAUGAACUUUGUACUUCGCUGCAGAAUAUCUUGGUGCAUUAUGAAUAAUAAUAAUAAUAAUAUGAACUUUUACAUUUUACUGAGUUUAGAUGAAGUUAAAUUCUUAUGCAUGCAAUGAGAUUUGGAUUAUUUCCAUGCAGUUUUAAGACAGAGCCUUAAUAGAAAAAUAGAGUAUCUUGUUGGCGAAUGAGCUUGCAAUCUGAUAAAACAUUCUAUCAUCAUCAUGACACAAUAUGAUCAAUAAUACAUCAUUUCCCAUGCCACAAGUUAAAUUAAAAUAGGAGAAAAAAAAACAAAACAAACUAAUAAUGCAUCACUGCACAAAUAAAUGUUUAAUCUAUGAUGUCUAUCACUGCCAACCCAGGUUUCUAAUGGACACUGUAGGCACCAAAACAACUUUAGUUUAAUGAUGCAGUUUUGGUGUACAGAUCAUAUCCAUGCAGUGUCAUUGCCCAAUUCUCUGACAUUUAGAUGUUAAAUCACUUUGGUUUUAAUGCUCUAGUCACACAUCCCUGCAUGUGACUUACACAACCUUACUUAACACUUCCUAUAAUGAGAGAUCUAAUGUUUAAACUUCCUUUAUUGCACAAUCUGUUUAAUUUAGAGUUUUCUGCUCUGUUAAUAGGCUACUAAACCCUGCCGGAGCAAUCUGUAUUUAAUUAAAGUUCAAUUUACAGAGAAGAGCAUAAAAACUUCUAACGCAAGUUAACAUCUGAUUGAAAAUGAAAGUGUUUUUUUCCAUGCAGAAUGUGUCAGUCACAGCUAGGGGCGGUGUGCAUAAGCAGAAACAAAAGGGAUUUACCUCCUAAAUGUCAGAAAACUAAGCAGUGAGAUUGUAAGGGCAUGAUCUAUGCACCCAAAUUGCUUCAUUAAAGGACCACUAUAGUGCCAGGAAAACAUACUCGUUUUCCUGGCACUAUAGUGCCCUGAGGGUGCCCCCACCCUCAGGGACCUCCUCCCGCCCGGCUCUGGAAAGGGGAAAGGGUUAAAAACGUACCUUUUUCCAGCGCUGGGCGGAGAGCUCUCCUCAUUCUCUCCUCCUCCGUUCCUCCUCCUGGGCUGAAUGCGCACGCGCGGCAAGAGCUGCGCGCGCAUUCAGCCCGUCGCAUAGGAAAGCAUUUACAAUGCUUUCCUAUGGACGCUUGCGUGCUCUCACUGUGAAAAUCACAGUGAGAAGCACGCAAGCGCCUCUAGUGGCUGUCAAUGAGACAGCCACUAGAGGAUUAGGGGGAAGGCUUAACCCAUUCAUAAACAUAGCAGUUUCUCUGAAACUGCUAUGUUUAUAAAAAAAUGGGUUAACCCUAGAAGGACCUGGCACCCAGACCACUUCAUUAAGAUGAAGUGGUCUGGGUGCCUAGAGUGGUCCUUUAAGCUAAAGUUGUUUUGGAGACUUUAGUGUCCCUUUAAUGUACAAUAUAUUGUUAGAUAGAAUACAGUUACCAACCAUGUAUACAAAUACAGCCUCCUAACUGCUAUAAUUAAUAUAAUUUAAAUUGCAAUUGAUAUAAAGUAUCUGUUACUAUCAUUAACAUAAGAUCCGUAUGAGUGGAGUGCCAAAUCAAAUUGUCCUAUACAGAGCAGAUGAGAGAAAGGGUAAGACAAAUAGGAAACCUAAUCACCUAUUAAUAAAAUACAUACAAAAUAUAACAAAAUACCCUUGAUCUCUGUCAACCUACAAAAUAUAUUUCUAGAAGAUAAUAUCCUAUAAUAAAUAUAUCUUCUAAUUGAAUGACAAUAUAUAUAACAUGAGAAAAAUAGUCACAUAGAACAGAAAACUAUAUAGAUAAAAAAAAACUGAAUGAAACAGACUUAAAUGCAAAUAAAAGUCCAGUAAAAAAAAAGUAUUAUUAACAGUUAAACCCGGUCUAUUUUUGUUUCUCCUUUGUGGUUUCAUGGGGUUUUGUUCCUCCAUAUAACUCUCUGAUGCCUUCUUUGUUUUCCUCAUCUCCCCUUGUCAUCUCUUUCUUCCCUCUUAGAAUCUCUAAUUCUUCUCCAGUAUCUCACUUUUACUUUUUAUUUUUUAUGCCCUACCUCCCCCAUUGUAUGGUCUUGUUAUCCUGCUCCAUUUAUGGUUUAUUAGGUUCUUCUUGUUGCCUUGGUGGCAUAUCUAGGAUCAAACCCACCUUACUUGCUUACUCCCAUCAUUUUUAGUCACUAUUAUUCCAGACUGAAGUAUAUAUUUAUAACUUUGAGCAUCCCUGUCACUCCCGUGGUUCCAUUUCUAAUAAUGGCCUCAAUGUAAAGCACUUUCCAAAUGACUCAACACUGCUAGAACAACUUUCCAAGUGAUUUAUCUACAAAAAUCCCUCUAGACUUUAAUGGUGACUUAGUCAUUAAUCAUUUGGAAAGUUCUUUGAACAGUAUGGAAUCAUUUGCAAAGCGUCUUAAACUGAGGUGUAAGUGGCAUAACAUUUCUAACCCAAAUGAAGUCACCAAAUACCCUAUGGUUGCCGUUACUGUCCUCUUCAUGUGAUCUCCUUUAGCCUAACUCUAGUCCUUUGGAGGAAUCGUGGCUGAAUGUACCAUGUGAUCUGCCAUGUGUACUGAUGGUAGUCAUAGGCUGCAGUAAGUCAGCUGAGCUGUUACUAACUUGCAUGGUACUGCGGAUCUCAGGACUCCCUACAGUGGACAUCCGUGCCAUAGCUGCAUUAGCAGUAAUUUCAUUGGUAUGGUUCUAUUAUUUGUGGUGCAUUUUUGCAUGUAAAUUGAGGAAGGUAUAGCUGGCUCAUACAUGAAGAGUGGACUUGAGUGCUUGAGAUUUCAAUUUUGUUUUUCUAAAAUGACUUGGACAUUUUUAAAAUGAAUCUAUAAGGGCCAUACCAGUAGAGUCUGAUAUGGCAAUAACCUACGGAGAGGGGAGCGGGGAGGAUCAGAAUCUAUAGGAUUCUUCUAUAACAAUAAGUAUAAUAUGCUGCAGUAGUAUUAUGGUGGUUGGCGUUUCCCUUUAAGACACUCUAGCCGAAAUGUCAUCUCUUUAACUUUGUUAAAAGAAUCAUAUUGGAGAAGUUUUGCCAAACCUUUUUAUUUGCAUUAUAUAUUAAUCUAAUUGCAUAUUUCCUUUGUCUCUAUGUUUUUCUUACACGCAGAGCCAUUACCUAAGUCUAUAUCCCAGCACUCUGAAACUAGUACACCCAUGCAAUGUGUAACAUGUAACAGUCAUGCUCUCUAGUGUGCACUCUAGAUAUUGCACUCUCAGUACAUGUGUUGGAAUGUUUCUCUGCUAGCCAGACAUUUGCUCUGCAGUAUCAUUGCCUGUCUGCAGACUGUGCCUUAUUAAUCCACAGACUGCCACACACAUUAUGGAUCUGAAAGAUCAAGGUGCAUAUAACAUAUACAGCAUAUACAGACUCUGCUUUUUCUAAUUGGCUGCUCAUUUUGUAUUUUCAACGGCUGAUAGCUUCUUGUAUAAAUGACAGCCUGCAGGAGGCGAUUAAAUUAGUUCACCCAACGCAUCAAAAGCUUGGAAACAUUAAUCUUGUUAUACCACUUGCAAGAAAGAAUUUAAAAUUCUUCUGACCUCUGUAUCCAAGACAGAUUUGACUUUGAAGAGAUGAAGGAGCAACAUUAGCUGGGUACAUGUCUACAGCUGUGUUUUAGUGCAGCUUGGGAGGAGUGUCAAACCUUUCCCUAUAAGGAUUUUUGUUAAUAAAGGAUUUGUGUAGCAUUUAUUUAUUUAUUUUUAAAGUAUUUAGGAAUAACACGACUAUUGUCCUAUACACUUAAGAGGCUACAUAAAGAGACAUGUUCAAAGUUAAAACCAGUAGAAGUAAUAGCACAGCAAGAAAAACACAGUUCUAGGUUUGAGAGACUGCAGGAAAAUAAGCAAGCAAAUAUUAUGCAGUAAGAAUAUACGAGAAGGUAAACACACUGCUAGCAUAAAACGAAAUAAUAAGAAAACAGAGUAUUUAUAUGAAUAGGAGAAGACCAUGAGAGCAUAAGGGAGAUCAAGUAACACCAGGCUGGCAGUUCAGCCUGUGUGGUCUAGGCGAGACACAGGCAGCGGUAGAACAUGAGCCCAAAGGAUCCCAGCUUGGCCCCCCACUAGCCCAGAACUCUGCUCUGAUCUAGAACAAUGGCCUCACAGCCCAACCCAAGCCCAGCGGCCAACGUGCAACCCCCGGUCUUCACUCGACAGGGCACAGAACAGAGACAGGGCACAAAAGCGAUCAUGCGCAGGUCAGUACAGAAGAUCGGCCACUUCCUCAGACCAAAACGUGCCAGUAGGCCGCCGUGGUAGUCCUCCCAGUCAAGGGAGCUAAAUGCAGACUAGAGGCACUCACAGUGUGUAUGUCAGGAUCCUAUCCUGACAACCAUGAUAUUGUUUUAUUUUAUUACUGGCCCUUUAAGGGAACUUCGUGAUCUUCACCUCUAGUGGCCUCCCUAGCCACUAAUCUCUUCACUCAUUUUAACAUCCUCACCUGUAUUAACUAAUGAGGAGGCUUCAUAAGUCUACACUCUGCACACAACAGGGCCUUGACAUUGAAGCCAGUGUUCUGACAUAGAACUUCUGAUCCUGGCUCCUGAAAACAUCCUGUAUUUAUCUGCAUCAUUUUAAUCUGAAGAGACUUACCUGCUUGAUCUACCAUAUUGAAGAUCCUUAACUGCUUCAACUGCUGCAACACUGCAUGAUCCUGUAAGCAACCUGUAUUACUUUAUACUGGAAUCUACUUACCUGUCAACUACUGAAACUCUCCAUAAUCCAUUUAAGCAACCUGAACUAUAUUAUACUGAAACUAUUUACCAGCUUUAACUAUUUUAACCCUGUAUCAUCCUGAACCUAACUGCAGUGUGACAUUCCACAAAUUUACUAAUCUACUUGGGAAUAACGUCAAACCUACUUGUAUAUCAAAUACUUUACUUCAUUUACUUUCAAGAUAUCCUGUUUGUGGCAGAUUGCCUUAAUUCUUUAUUUUAAGUAAAUUGUUAUGUCUAAAAAGACAAAGUUUCAACCAAUAACCCUGGCAAUCGUCUCCUUUCUGACCUGCUGAGGAACAUGACAGUGUGCUACAGCUUACCCUUCAUAUAGAACUGGUAUUACAGACUAAAAUAACUCAAGAUGAUGGUUAAAUGGCUUAAAAUCAGGUUUCCACAGACGAGUGCCCGCAACACGUAUCCAUCUCGUUCGGCAAUCAGGGCCCACCCCAAUUUCUUUUUUUUUUCCCUUUGGUUGUAUAUAUCUGGAAUAUAUAUUGGAAAUAGCAGUAAUUCUAUUGUUAGGGUUCUAUUAUUUGUGGUGCUUUUUUGCAUGUACAUUGAGGAAGGUGUAGCUGGCUCAUACAUUGAUCCAAGAUGAAGAGUGGACUUGAGUGCUUGAGAUUUCAAUUUUGUUUUUCUAAAAUGACUUGGACAUUUUUAAAAUGAAACUAUAAGGGCCAUACCAGUAGAGCCUGAUAUGGCACAAACCUAUGGAGAGGGGAGCGGGGAGGAUCAGAAUCCAUAGGAUUCUUCUAUAACAAUAGGUACAAUAUGCUGCAGUAGUAUUAUGGUGGUUGGCAUUUCCCUUUAAGACACUCUAGCCGAAAUGUCAUCUCUUUAUUGGAAAUAUAUAUAUUUAUAUUAUGAGAACUUAAAAACAUAAAAAGCACAUUUUCUCAUUGUAAAAGAUUGUUUUUGAAGUGAAUUCCAAGCCAAUAUAUCUUAUUAAACAGAACGAAAGAAAAAUAUCAGAAUGCAGCAAUAGAAAAUGGUAAAAUUUGAAGUGACUUGUUUGAGAAUCAGAGAAUGACAGGAAAUAUGCAUGAUGCCAACCAGAGAUAGAAACAGCCUUCUAAUGAAAUAUUGAAGGAAAACUAAGGGAAUUAAAUAAUUCUGAAUGAGUGGGAUGUGUAUCUGACUAUCCUUAAAAACAAAUCGGUAAAUUAAACAAAACUAGUAUGCAGCAUCAGAAUAGCAGAUGCAAUGGGCCAGUUGGUUCUCAUCAACUGUCAUGAAGAACAUAGAAAGCCAGUGCUUGUAGAAAAUCACCCAUAUCAUAGUGUCCCUCUUUCUCUGAGUUCAUGGAUUGUGCAGUAAGAAGUUAAAACGUUUAUAAACACAUUAAACAUGCUAAUAGUUUGUAACAGUUGGGAUUGCUAAUCGGAUAAAAAUUGGCUUGAAGACAGUGGUCAAAGAGUUGAGGUAAAAGUGUAGUCUGGAGAAAAGAUUAGGAGUGAUAGUUUUGGGGACAGUUUUCGUUAUUAUAUUCUUUAGUAACAUUGCAAAUACUUGAAAAUCAUAGUAUAACUUUUCAUAUAUGAUUCCACAUGGCUGACGUUUCUUUGAUUGUUAAUAAAAUUAAUGGGCAUUUUAGUUGAGUGAAUUUUCAGCUCUGUGUAAUCUAAAAAGAAUAAAUGAUGCAGGAAAUGAGUAAAUAAAAUAAGAAAUAUUCUACAAGAGAUGGUUAAAAUGGGUGUCCCAGACAAAUCUGCAACUGAAGUACAUUAAUCUUCUUAGGGUACCACUGGAGAGGGCUAGCAAUUCAUCUGACCUUUGUCUCCCAGACAGACAUAAGAGAGGAUAAAUCACAAACAUGAAGCAGUGGCAGGGUAUAUGUCAACUUUGUACUUAGUUCACUUGAUUUGUGUGAUCAUACUACCAAAAUUGAAUGUACGGAAAAACUGAAUAUUGAGGUUUACGCAGGAUAGCUGGAAAAAAGUGACAGUUCAAUUUUGGAUAUACGGAAACUGUAAUUAGUACCAAGAAAAUGAAGUGGCUCUCUACAGUUUAUCGAUCAUUCAUAAAAUUUCAUGUAAAAUACUGUGUAUAACUCUGAAGCUUUUAUUGCCAGAAGGACAUCAAAUAAUAAUAAUAAUAUAAAGACAGAAAGAUGAAAAUCCCUAUCAUAUCACUUGGCCAAGAUAACAUUUUGGGGCUGACACAAUACAACCCUAUACAAAGAGCACAAAAUAAUGUAUUGUAAAAGGGACAGAAGAAAAAUAGGAAAACAUCAGGAAAAAAAAGUAGAUGCAUAGAAGAGCCUUAAAGCACAUGAAGGGUUAAAUAGCUUAAAUAAGCAUUGGAUAGACACAAUACUGCAUUAAGCAAGAAGCAGAAGAAAAAAUAAAUCAUGUCUAUUUAGAUUAGUUAAUGAGCAUGCUUGCUGUUCUCAGCUAUGAACAUCUAUGUCUCUAUGUGUAAAUGCGUUGCAAUCGGUGUGGCUUUAAAUAAUAAUGUCUUGUAUGAAAAGUGUGCCCUGUGCAGACUAAGAAAAGCAAUUAGUAUCUCCACAUACCUAUCCUUUGAUUCUUGGUUGGUAAAAGGCAACAAAUCACAGGCAAAUAGGGAAAUCUAUAACACAAAAUACUAUAAUGCCCACAGUUUGCCCCAGGAGCAAGCCAUGUUAUUUUGGAGGAACGUGUGCUGGUGGAUAUGUCUGUCCCAGCUGCCUUCUAAAGUCAGCUAGCAUUAGAUUUACAGAUUUAUUUAGAAGUUCUGAAGGAAUGGUGGAUGUUCAUUGUCAGUGAGUCGCUUUGCUUGACACAUUGCUAUAUUUGAGCUGUGUAAUGAAACUUCCCUACGUGUAAUUAAUCCUGUCCGGUAAAUAUUUUGUGCUUGCAUCCACCAUAAUGCAUAUAGAUAUGGAACAAGAUUUGUAUGUUGAUUAAAAGGUACAGUGGAUUUAAAGUGGUUCGAGCAAUGCCUGUCUAUUUUAAUUUAGCUUAUUUAGAGAGCAGAGAGCAGGCAAAUGCAUCAGUAUUUAGUCAGAGUGAAAUGACAAUUACUAGAUCUGAAUCAAUAAUAAAAAAAAAAGUUUCUAUGUUGCAUACUCACCUUUAUUUAAGCCCCCCGUCUCCCCCUCCCCCCCACCCCAUGCUGUUUACUCAAAGGUUAGAGAAUCAUCCUUUUUGUUCCAUUAAAAGAAUUUGGGGGGAGGGGGAUUUUGUCACUAAUAAUGAAUUAGCAGGGCUGGCCAGAAUGUAUUCUCCUCUCCGAGUUGGCAACAUAUCAUAGGGGUGUUAGUUGUACAAUAGCGGGAACACCCCAGUAUAUUGUUAAUUUUUUUUUUACAUUUUCUAGGUCACUCUAAAACACAAAAUGCUACCCACAGCUUUAUUGAUACCUAUUCCUUUAUAAUGGAGAGAACUGGAAUUUGAAGUGUCCAGUUUUAGUGACGUGAUAUCAUUAUUUAAGUCUUUCUAAUGUCACCAGUGCAAAUGCAGAGAAAUAAAUUCAAUAUACCAUUUAUAAACAAAGGCUUGCUCCUAUAAAAAGUCUUCCCAUAUGGCAUAUAGCUUCUGACACAUUAAUUCUGGGCCCCAAUAAAGGGUCAACAGUAUAGUAGAUAGGGAUAGGCAACCUUUGGCACUCCAGAUGUUGUGGACUACAUCCCCCAUAAUGCUCUUACACCCAUAAUGCUGGCAAAGCAUCAUGGGAGGUGUAGUCCAAAACAUCCAGAGUGCCAUAGGUUGCCUAUGCCUGAUUAUUGAUAUAAAACAGUAUUGUGUGUUGUUGUAGAGAUUAAUUAUGACAAUUAAUUGUGCUACUACACUGAAAAUCCAUUGGGUUGAAACUGUGGUAUGUAAUGUAUAAAUUGCAGCUUAGAGUAAUAUACAAUAAGCAAUUUCCUAAAUGCCCUAUGUGGAAUCUGGUAAUCCUUUGAGCCCAAGAGGUAUGAGAUAAUUGUAACAUGUCAGUUGAGAUUGAUGUUAAUUUUUACAUCCAGACAUACAGAAUUACCGUGUUCAGGGGCAGAAUCUGUGCUCAGACCAACUGUGCCUUGUAAGCUACCAAACUCACAAGAUCAUAGGUGUGCUGUGCUCAGUAUAUAACAUUAGGGUUUGCACCUAGAGAAAAGUACCAUAAUAACUUCACCUCAAACCAUUUUAUAAACGUAAUAAAUAUAACAUGCUAACCCAAACUCAGUGAAGAGCAUCCUAAAAAAAGACCUAAACAGGGUAAGGGAGAUACUUGCCCUCAAUAAGGUGUGCCUAGACACACCUGCCAUGGUACGUUUCUAGCCUUUAGAAUGGAAAAGAAUCGGCACUAUACUCAGCCUCGACAGCCCGAGUGGUAAACGGGGGAUUCAUAUCUAAACCGUUUUCUAUUUCAAACGGCACUAGACAAGGCUGCCCACUUUCCCCCCUACUCUACAUACUAGCAUUAGAACCUCUAAAUCAACUAAUCAGGGACAACCCAAACAUCCAUGGAGUCAUGCUCAAGGGACGGGAAUACAAGCUAUCCCUGUUUGCAGAUGAUAUCCUUCUCCCUUUAGAACAACCCCACAUAUCCCUCCCGAAUUUCCACCACCUUCUCACUCAGUACAGCCGCUGUUCCUAUUAUAAGCUAAAUAUAGCAAUAACGCUAGCCGUAGGAAUCAACGUUCCAGCCCAAGAUAUGAUGCAACUAAAAGCCAACUACACAUACGAUUGGAGACAAGACCAUAUAAAAUUCUUAGGAGUAAACUUUACCCCCACGCCAGACUCACUAUUCAAGGCGAAUUACCUCAAACUACUUGGCGAAGUCAAAACACUUCUACAAAGUUGGAAGGGGAAAUUCAUUUCCUGGGCAAGCAGAAUAGCAGCUGUAAAAAUGGUAGCCCUACCUAAAAUCCAAUACCUAUUCAGAACACUACCAAUACAACUCCCGCACAAAUACAUUCGGGACCUACAGAACGUUAUCAAUGACUACAUCUGGGAGAACAAAAAGCCCCGGGUUGCAAAAACUACAAUGCACAAAACAUUCGCCAAAGGAGGGAUGGGCCUACCGGACAUUCUGGGAUACUACAAAGCAGCCCACAUAGCUCCCCGACUAGCGGCAUCACACCGACGUGAACCCCUGGCGUGGACCGAAAUAGAAAAGAAUUACGCAAAUGGUCUCUCCAUCUCAGCGCUAGCCUGGCUGCCAAGACCUCAAAGACCUAAAAUCACCGAAAUGUUACCCACAACCAGGCUCACCAUCUCAAUAUGGGACAAUUACCGGAAACGUCUGGGCGAUACAGCCCUGUGUUCCCCCGCCCUCCCACUAGAAUCAAUUAAAAUCCUUAUACCGGAUUUCAAUUACAAACUGUGGCACAGACAUGGCAUAAAAACGCUGUCACAACUACUAAAUGGCUCUCACUUGAAAUCAUUCUCGGAUCUCCAAACAGAAUACAAAUUACUUAACACAGCACUGUUCCCAUACAGACAGCUGCAGUCCUGGUAUGCCCUACAACAUAAACAAAAGCUUACUGAUGGAAAAGACGCAAGCUGGCAAACUAUAGAACAAAUCUGCACAGCAACCAAACAAACCAAAAAACUAAUCUCCAUAAUCUACACAUCAGAGGGCCUUAGACCCCAGCAGCGCCCCCCAUCCUACAUAACAGCCUGGGGAAAAGACAUUGGAUACCAGAUCACCAAGGAACAAUGGCACGCUAUCUUCAAGGCACACAAACAGCUCACCCUCUGCACGACCCACUUGGAACUGACUCGCAAAAUCCUAUACUGAUGGUAUCUGGUCCCCACACGCCUUAAACAUAGCUUCCCUGCCAUGUCAGAUGUGUGCUGGAGAUGCCAAAAAGACAGAGGCACCAUUUUGCAUAUAUGCUGGCAAUGCAAAGAAAUCCAACAAUUCUGGCAACAGAUUGCAAACCUAAUCGCCAAAUGCACGGGCUCCAAGCUACCACUAAAACCAGAAACAUACCUACUUCUCUCACUGCCACAGACACCACACAAACAUCAGAGAUACCUCAUCUACCACAUCAUCGUAGCAGCUCUAACCAGUAUGAGUAGGAACUGGAAACAAACUACUUCCCCCACGAUCACCCAAUGCACCAUACUCAUAGACAGCAACAAAUCAUAUGAAAUCAUGGCCAGGAACACACAACAAAACCCCCCAUACUGGCUCCAAGCGUGGGAAAUGUGGGACAAACACAAAUCAACCCCAUGAAGAACAUAGGCACACUUCGCAACAUAGACCUACACCUCUCCGAGUAGAGGUCACGCAACGUCCCACCCGCUUCCCCCCCCACCCACCCUAGAGACACGAUCCAACCAGCUGGCUAUACACAACAACAGAACCAUUACCAAGCCUGCCGCUGUCGCCUCACCGGUCCCCCCCCUUCCCGGUGCCCUCUCCCCUCUACUCACCAUGCCACGGCCCAACGAAUAAACCACCACACACCACUGAUCCGACCAUAUGAGGCCAACAACUCCCCCCACAGAACCACAUAUGGGAAGAACAGAGACAUACCAACACCCAUAAAAAAGCCACCACUGCAACAAACACAAGUACCACACAACAGGCACAAGAGGAAGAGUUGACUGCUCUCACCUGUAAACACCUUCUCUUACAAUUACCCCUUAUUCAUACUGGUGAUGGAUAAAGUGGUGACCUGUCAGUUAUACCAAUACAGGGCUUCCUUUCCCACCCCCCCUCCCCCUGCUUUUUCUUCUGUACCCCUUCCUGGAACACAAGAAUGUUGGAAUUGAAAGACUGUAUCCCUUCUCCCCCCCCCCUUUUUUUUUCUUCUGUACCCCCACGAUAAGCUGAAAACCAAUAAAAAUUGUCAAAUUCAAAAAAAGAAUGGAAAAGAAUCCUUGGGAGCUUCUGUUUGCCCACCCCCACCUUAGGCAGUUGCACAGAUCAUUCAUUCGCAGUUCUCAAUUCAUCUUUCAAGGACAACAAAUGUUCAGGUUUUAACAACAUACCUAUUGACACAGAAUUGAUUAAUCUAGACAGCUAAUAGUCUUUAACAAUUGGUUUGAGACUUAUUGACCUGGGCAAACUAGUAGUUAAUUCUCCUUUAUAAUGUAGAAAGAGGGCAAAUUGGUAAAUCUGUAGCAAUCUCCAUGGCAACAAUGGAAUGUACCUGUGCAUUGCUGCACUUUUAGAACCAUGUUCUAAAAUUACUCUUUAUACAAUGACUUCAAAGUGAUGCUAAUUUUCAGAAUUUACAUUAAGAGCUUCUUUACAAUCCCAUCAUACACUGUGUGGGAACUGCACCAGUUUUGGUGAAAUGUGACACGUUCCUUUACAAAGCCUGAAACAGAAUGAAUGACUAGGUCGAUCUAUAAGUAGCCAGAAACUGGUAUAGCUUGUUUUCUUAUUUCAUCCGUUAACGAUUUUAAUUGCCUGUCAGGUUUAAGGGCACCUUCUAACAUACUGUCUGUUUUUCUUUAAAUUCUAAGCAUAUUUCUCUAUGACCAAGGAUUUCAGUUUGCUGUCAUUUGAGCAGUAACAUUCAUCAGAAUUAAUUAAAUAUAGCCCACUGCUGUAUCUCUGAAUGACUCAAAUGACCUUUUCAAUCAUUUUGGGGACAUGCAAGUCUGCAUUUACCAAUUUAUUGCCCAUAAAUCUAAUCCAUAGUACUGUUAACUCACCUUUAAUUAGACUACUUUUUAUGCAUUGUUAAUUGGGCAAUAAUGUCUAAAUACAAAUAGUUCUUUAUAUGAAAUAGAAAAAUAUGAAUGUAAUUGAGAAAAUUGCCUGAUUUGUUUUGCUAUUAACAAAAUCCCAGUUUAAGUUCUAGUUUUAGAGCAAUCGAUCAAAGAGUAUUCCAUUGAGAUACAAAGCAAUAAUAAGACACAUUUUCAUUGAAACCUCUAUUCUGAUUUGAUCCAAGUACAUUUAUCAAUAAUAUUCAUGUCUAACUUCCAGUCAGAUGGGAAUAAAAUAAUUGCAUUUUCCGGCGUACUAUAAAAUGUAGACUUCCUCCAGCGAUAAAAAUAAAACUAGGCAUAUUUCAUAUUUACCACAUCCACAUACAUAUUUAUACUUCUAUUAAUAAACUUGUUUGUAUAAUGUGACUUUAUAUUACUGCCUAUGUUAAAAGGAAAUAUUAAAAGUGUAGAGCACCCUGAGGUUGUGCAUGGCCUUUAGCCCAUAUAUAAUUCAUACUGCAUUCCGUUGUUUUGUUUUUUUCUUUAACGAUGAUGUGACGUACAUUGUGACAAUCAAGCAUACAUUGUGCUAUUUUGUGCUAUAGAGGGGUUAUUUAUAAACAGCAUUUCUAGGUCAAGGUUCUAAAUACUGACCAGACAAAAUUAGUCUCUCUGGUUUCCAUGGUGACAGCUCCACUUUUAGAACUUUGGCCAGAAAUUGUUUUUAUAAAUCAUGAAUAGGUUCUUACAGUAGCAAGCAUUUUAAUACUUUAAAAUAAACAUUUAUGCGGGGGUAGAGGGGGUCAGCAAGAUGUAUAGCAUUCCCUUUCACCGAUUUAUUUGCUUAUAUUUUAUAAAUAGUUGUGCUGACUCCUGUAAUAUCUACACGUAUGCUUAUCUAUAACCAGCAAUUGCAAUGCAUCUAUUGCACACAGAUUAUAGUACUGGAUUGUAUUUACUUCCCUAUGCGUAACACAUCUGGAUUUGUCCUUUUAUAUAACCAAUAUCUGUACUUAAACCUUAAUAUUUCUAUUGCUUGACAGGCACAUAGCCAUGCAAUAUCAACUGAUAAAAAAAAUAUAUAUAUUGGCAGUAGAAGGGCUCAUAUUGAAAUACUCGGUGACUUUAUGCCAAGGUUACAUGAUGCUACCUUUCUAACAAGGGAAUGUACUAGAUAUUUUCCAUGCUAGAGCUGUCAACAUACGUGCAGAUAUUGUGAACUGGAAACGUUUAAAAGCAACAGCUCAGCCAUGUUUUGGACACACAAGCUCAUGGAAUUAGAUGCUAAAACUAGUUAUCCUCAUUUGCUGCUCUCUUUGCUAUGCUCCUCACUAUCUUUGGAAUCAAAAUCAAUUAAAGAGUUGUUCAUGAGACACUUUGCGAAAUGGAUUUCCAUGGCUAGACAUACAGACAUGCCAAUGGUCACAAUACCCAGUGCCAUGUGUCCCAUACAUAGUUACAUAGUUACAUAGUUACAUAGCUGAAAAGAGACUUGCGUCCAUCAAGUUCAGCCUACCUCACAUUUGUUUUUUGCUGUUGAUCCAAAAGAAGGCAAAAAACCCCAAAUUUUGCAACAAGCUAGGAAAAAAAUUCCUUCUUGACCCCAGAAUGGCAGUCAGAUUUAUCCUUGGAUCAAGCAGUUAUUACCCUACAUUGAAAGAUUAUAUCCUUGAAUAUUCUGUUCUUGCAAGUAUGCAUCUAGUAGCCGUUUGAACAUCUGUAUGGACUCUGAUAAAACCACUUCCUCAGGCAGAGAAUUCCACAUCCUGAUUGUUCUUACAGUAAAAAACCUUUCCUUUGCCUUAGACGAAAUCUUCUUUCUUCCAGUCUAAACGCAUGGCCUCGUGUCCUAUGUAAAGUCCGGUUUGUGAAUAGAUUUCCACACAAUGGUUUGUAUUGGCCCCGAAUAUAUUUGUAUAAUGUUAUCAUAUCCCCUCUCAGGCGACGUUUUUCUAAACUAAAUAGGUUUAAAUUUGUUAACCUUUCUUCAUAGCCGAUAUGUUCCAUUCCUUUUAUUAAUUUUGUAGCCCGCCUCUGCACUUUUUCUAGUGCCAUAAUAUCCUUCUUUAGAACAGGUGCCCAAAAUUGCACAGCAUAUUCAAUAUGGGGUCUUACCAGUGAUUUAUAAAGAGGCAAAAUUAUAUUCUUGUCCCGAGAAUGAAUGCCCUUUUUCAUGCAUGACAAUACCUUACUGGCCUUGGCCACUGCUGAUUGACAUUGCACAUUGUUGCAUAGUUUGUUGUCUAUAACAAUUCCCAAGUCCUUUUCAUGUGUUGUUAUCCCUAAUUCGCUUCCAUUAAGGGUAUACGUUGCUUGUGUAUUCUUUACGCCGAAGUGCAUAACUUUGCAUUUUUCAACAUUAAAUUUCAUCUGCCAUUUGAGUGCCCAGUCCCCCAGUCUAUCUAAAUCCCUCUGCAGCAAAGUAAUAUCUUGCUCACAUUGUAUUGUUUUACAAAGUUUGUGUCAUCUGCAAACACUGAAACAUGACUUUCAAUGCGGUCUUCAAGAUCAUUUAUAAACAUGUUAAAUAGAAGGGGUCCCAGAACAGACCCCUGAGGGACACCACUUGCCACCUCUGUCCAGCUUGAAAAUUUACCAUUAAUGACAACUCUUUGUACUCUGUUUUUAAGCCAAUGUUCUACCCAAGAACAAGCAUUUUCAUCUAGACCGAUUUCCUUGAGUUUGAACACUAAUCUAUUGUGUGGAACUGUAUCAAAUGCCUUGGCAAAAUCCAAAUAGAUCACAUCCACGGCAACACCCUGAUCUAUACUUCUACUUACUUCUUCGUAGAACGCAAUCAAGUUAGUUUGACAUGACCUGUGCUUCAUAAAACCGUGCUGAUUUUUGCUGAUAACCAUGUUCUUCUCAAGGAAUUCUUGAAUAUUAUCCCUUAAUAACCUUUCAAAUAUUUUACCAGCCACAGAAGUUAAGCUCACAGGUCUAUAAUUUCCAGGCAAGGAUUUUGAACCCUUUUUGAAUAUAGGAACCACAUCUGCCUUCCUCCAAUCCUCCGGAACACUUCCUGAAAGAAAAGAAUCUUGAAAGAUUAAAAACAGAGGUUCACUUAUUUCUGCACUUAGUUCCUUAAGUACACGUGGAUGGAUACCGUCAGGCCCUGGAGCUUUGUUUAUAUUAACUUUCUUUAGUUGCUGCAGCACCUUGUCUUGAGUUAACCAAUUACAAUUAUUCUGCAAGUUUUUAGUAGCAAUCAUUUGCACAUCUAUUGCCAUGGGUUCUUCCUUAAUAUAUACGGAGGAGAAAUAGUUAUUUAAAAUUCCUGCCUUUUCCUGGUCUUCAUUAAUUAACACCCCCGUUUCAGUUUUUAGUGUACCUACACUUUCAUUUUGUUUUGUUUUUUAGAAUUUAUGUACUUAAAAAAUGCUUUGGGGUUGGUUUUGCUCUCUUCAGCUAUCAUUAUUUCAUUUUGAAGUUUAGCAAGUCUAAUUGCCUUUUUGCACGCAUUAUUUGCAUCCUUAUAUCUUUUAUAAGAUGCAUCUGAUUUGUCCGAUUUAAAUGCCCUUCUCUUAGUUGUAAUCUCUUGUUUUACUUCUCUACUAAGCCACAUUGGUUUUAAUUUGUUUCUUUUAUAUUUAUAUCCCAAUGGUACAUACUGAGAAAUGUACCUUUGUAAUAUUUGUUGGAAGAUGAUCCAUUUAUCCUCAGUGUUCUUUUCACUAAAGAGUUUAUGCCAGUCAAUAUAUUGUAAAGCUUCCCUUAACUUAUUGAAAUUGGCCUUUUUAAAAUUAUAUGUUUUAGUAUUCCCCAUGUGCUUUUGUUUUUUUGAGUUUAUUUCAAAGGACACUAUAUUGUGAUCACUAUUUCCCAAGUGCUCACCUACUUGAAUGUUGGUCAAAAGAUCAACGUUGUUUGUUAAAACCAGGUCCAGACAAGCAUCCAUUCUAGUUGGUGCAAACUAGUUGGUGCCUGUAUCCCAUACCCUCUCUCUCUCUUCUCCCUGUAUCAGAUACCCUCUCUCUCUCCCCCUUCCCCUCCUGUACCUUACUGGCCGUGGUUCCAGGUCUGACAGGAAGUGCUCUCACAGUAAGCAUUUCCUGUCAGACUGCUCGGCCACACUACACACAGGCAGGAGGGGAGCAGCACAGUGCAGCUCUCCCUUCCUUCCAGACCUCUGGGAACCGCGGACCCAGGCCGGUGGGACUGUGCACCAGCCCAUAAGGUAUCCAGGCGGCCCACGGUUGCAGGGGUCAUGGCUCCAGUCGGGCCCCUGGAGUGAGUGAGGGGUCCGGUCGUGGUAGGAAUGCCAGUGUUCAAGACUGUAAUUAAAGAAUGAGAAGUUUGAUGACCAUAGUAUAUCUCAAAAUUACAUCAAUCUGGAUUGCAUCUGAUUGACUUGGCCACUGUGACUAGGAUUCUGUUUGAACUCCCAGAUAUUUACUUUAACUUUAUCCAGCAGCAACGUUUUGACCCAAAAGUCUUUUUCAAGAUGCUUAGAUAGGCAUUUUUUUUUAACUAGUGUCCAGCAGCAACGUUUCGACCCAGAGAGUUUUUUUUCAAGCUGCUUAGAUAGGACUUUUUAUUUGAACUAGAGUUUCCAGCAGCAAAGGUUCGACCCAUAGGUCUUUUUUGUGCUUGAAAAAGACCUUUGGGUCGAAACGUUGCUGCUGUACACUCUAAUUCAAAUACAAAAACGCCUAUCUAAGCCUUGGAGUGCCUGGACCUUUCCCUUUCUCUGGUGACCACUAACUACUUCUUGAGCCUUGGUGCUGGCCCCAGGUUUCAAUGCACCCAAGCGUUUAUUAAUGGAUUGAGUGCAGUUCCAUUUUCUUGGUUUCUAGUACAUUCACUUUAUCUUUGACACAUGCCUUGCUUGAUUAAAAUCCAUGUUAUCUUUGCAUUUCUGAUUUUGUGGACUAUUUCCAUCUCUUCUCCCAGAUUAGGCCUUUGCAUGUCUAUAAACAUGGAAUUUUCAUUAUUCUAGUGAAUGCCUUGUGUGGCUUUACAUCUGUUAGAGAUGAUGAACUGGGAUUGACUUUCAAUAGAUAUUAUUGCAAACAGCAUAGUUUAUUUAUAUAUGGAUAUAUUUAUCUAAAAUUACAUUGACAUCACAGUGAAAAUCUGUAGUUCAGAUGACAGCCCUGAUGGAUUUACAAGUGUUUAUUUCCCAUUGUUGGUGGGCUGUCAUGUUGGCCUGAACAAGGACAAAGACAUAUCACGGGAAAAUGUCAAUGAUAAAAUUUUAACCCUUUUCAAGAAGAGAGUUCAUUGCUGGUGAAAAGGUUUAACAAUCCCAGACACAAUGUUUUCUGUGAAAUCAGUAGAUUAGGUGCUGUUCUGAGCCGACAUCAGUGUCAUGAAUUCUGUGUCCGCCUCCAGCUGAUCUGUCCCACAUCAUGUCAUUGAAAAGCUCCAAGGCUCAUGGGGGGGAAGGGGGAACAAGCUCCAAAUUAGCUGGAUUCUCUGAGCUCAUCAGAGACUAGUUUCUGCUGCAGUUUAUCUGCUGUAAUCAGAGGAUCUAUCAGGGAAACAAUCUGCGGCUCAAAUGGUCUAAUCUGAGGGACAUUGCUCUCUGCCCCUAAGGCUCAGAGACACUCACUCUGCGGGAUGCCUCGAUGCAUGCUGCCCUCUCACUCUCUCCCCACGGGAAAGCUGGUCCUCUGCUCUUUUCUGAGUAUUAUGGGCAAUUGCGUGAAGUCACCUCUUCGUAACCUCUCGCAGAAGGUAUGUCACCCAACCACAGAUGAUACAAAUGACCAUAAGCCAGAGUGAAAUAGUGGGAGUUAAAGGAGAGCUCUAGAAGCAUUGUGCUGAUAAACCCUUUACUGGAGAUCAGCUACAAUAGUCAUCUGUCACCCCACACAGUAACAUAUUCAGGGUCUUACUCAGUAAACAGUCAGAUGCAAUGAGUUAACAACCAAACUGCAUAAUGUAAUCCAAAUUAUCCAGUAAAUAAACCACAAUUUAAAAAAAAAGAAAUAGACGCAUUUACUGUCUUUCUCCAAAAUGCCUCAUAUUUGCUAUGUGCAUACAUAUGGGUUAUAUGGGCAGUUAUUGAUAUUAUUAUAUAUUCGUUAAACUUACGUUUCAUGAAUAUUUACUUCUUUAAGCUGUAAUGCUAUGCUAGGCUUGUGGUAUGGCCUAUGAACUUGAAAGUACAAUCUCAAGGGACUGAAAGAGACAGCAAGUGGAAUGAUGUCUUAUAAAGGCGUGGGAAUGUAGUGGGGUCCGAGAGAACCAUACUAAAAACAGCUCCUUAUAUAGAGAGAGGAAGAAAGAGGAAGGGAGGGAGAAAGAGUGGCUGGGAAAAUAGAUGGAAAAAUAGAUCUGUAAAGACUUUACAGUGUGGCUGUAACAAACAAAGGACAGGAAUUAACAAUGAACUAAGACACCGACAGAGAACAGAGAGAUAUUCAUGGUAACAGAACCAGGAAAAGCAGUAUAAUACUUUAAAUUUGGGGGGUUGGAGAGAUGAUAAAGCAUUGAAUUCUUUGUGCACUUAGAAAAGUUAUGUAAGUCAUAUAUUCCUCCACCCACCAUACAAUUCACCCCCCCCCCCCAGUACUGUCCCAAUAACAAUCUGUGUGUUAUAAGAUGCACCAAGACGAGCGGAGCUGUCUCAGACCGGCACAGUCAGGGGAAGAGGGUGCUCAGGGACCCCUUAUGCUUUUGGCUCAAAACUGCGCAGUGAUGCACAACCUUCUGGGCCCAGCCUGUAUUUUUCUGCGCAAAGGAUUCGCUGAGAAUCGACAGCCUGUACGUGAGUUCUGACCCCUUUUGUCCUUCCAUCCAUUUUGUCAACAAAGCCACCUUUCAUUUACCUGCUUCUGACCCUACAUCAUGCAACCUUUCACCCCCCCUCGUGUGAUCUCCCUGCUGGCAAUUUUUGAAACAUUGUCACAUGUUGUUGAAUGCAAUUCCUUUAUGUAUUUACAUAUGUGCGCAUAGAAGCUGCCUUUUAAUAGUGUGCAUGCAGUCUACAGCAAAACCAACUCGGUUUAAUUGUAGUUGUGCAAAUGUGUUGAAGAAAAUGGAUAAGAAAACCCCUGGUCACUUGUGCAAUGUGAUAUUUAAGGGGUCUGCUUACUGAACUGUGAGAUGUAGUAGAUUGUAAACAAUUUUGCCAAAUUUAAACCUAAAUAAUAAUCUGCCAGUAACUGAUCGCUAAAGUUUUCUGACAUUCGACCAGUAGCAUGUGACAUCACAUUCCAAAUGUCACAAACCUUUUUUCUGAUAGUAAUGCAGCUGACGUUAGAAAGCAUUAUUAAAUUUAAACCAAACUUAUACAUCUACAGUAAUUUCAUCAUUAAUAUUUUAAGCUUGUUUAGCCGCUAUCAUAAGGUUAAUGUCACUUAUUCUGUGUUUUCGAUUGCAUCACAGAUUUAGACUAUGGACAGCCAAGUGCAUUGGUGAUGCCAAUAGGUAAUAGGUGUACCGUAAAUGACCUAGUAUGUUCCAUAUAGACAUUGCAAUGUGAGUGUUUCUUUUAGGUACCACUAAACAGACAUCUCAGAUAUUGUACAUGCAUAUUUUUUGUUAUCGACAAAGACUUGUUAUUUUCAAGUGUCUUUAACUACUGAAAUCACUAGUUCCAUUAAAGUGUUGAUAACUCAUUGUGUUAAUAACUAAUUGUGAUUGCCAAAACGUGCAGGCUUAUUGUAAGGUUUUUCACCUAUCAUAAUGGUGAACAUGAUGUAAAAAAAAAUAUAUCGUAAAAGUGGGAUCACAAUCAUUUUAGCGCUGUUAACAUAUUAAUAAGUAUUGGACAUAAAAAUAAGAAACAAAUGUCUAGAUCACACAAUUUUGAAAUUCUCAUUUAUUGUUUAGGCAAUACUCCAUCCGCGGUGAACAAGUGGAGAGUGAAAUUAUUAUUUUGUGAAGCCUAGUAGCAUGAAUUCCUGUAAAAUAAUACAUAACUUUUAUAUAUCAAAACCCUCUUCUUCUCAUCUUUAUUUAGCCUUUUUAAGAUAACACAGCAAUCCGAUCUAUCUGCCUCUACGUUGCUUUUUGCAUCUGGAUAUAAAGAAAUGCAUUGUUACACACCAUUUCAGAGAAUAGAAUCAGUGCAAGCUUGAUAGCAUGCUGGAUUGCACUGAACUUUGUCCUUACCAUACAUCUGGUGUUGUUGAAUUUAUCUUUAAUCUUACAGAUUUAUGUUCGGCAGAAAACAGAAGCUUGUGUUUGUAUACUAAAACAUAGCAUUAUGUGUGGUAAAUAAACUGCUAAACUGGAGAGAAUUCAUUCUAAAUAGGGUGAUUCUACCAGUCCCUAUAAAGCACCCAGGGUUGUGUUACAUGGAAUCUAUAAUAUAAAUGCCAUAGCAGUUAACCCAUUAAGAACCAAUGUUAGGAUGCUAUAUACCUGCUAAUAUUUUUUAAAAACAAAAAACGUCAGCGUUGGAAAAUGGUCUGUACAGUCCAUAUUGUGAUUAUGGCACAAAAUGCCAUUGGUCCUGAAAGGGUUAAGGAAUAAUUGUAUUAGCUGACGUAGCCAUUAAUGUUGAGUGCUAAAGGGGUAAGCAGUGUAUUGUUCUGGAAUGUAGAGGAUUGCAGCAGCUGGUCUUAAUUAAAAUGUAACUCUUAUUUAGUUUGUAAUGUGCUGUAUACACCUCUUAAACAUAAAGAUGUUUAUUGCCCAAGGGGGGCCGGGGGGACGAUACAACUGUACCUUUAAAAAGGACGUGAGGGGGAAUUUGCCUGGUAACGUAUGCAUUCGUCAGACUCUUGGCUUUUAAACAUUUUAACAAAGCACACAGAGUCUACAGAAGCAGAAACAACUUGCAGAGAAAAUGACGCAAAACUGAUCGUACUUCCAUUAUUCUGUGCUUUGAUUUAAAUAACACUUGGACAGAGCCUACUAGUUUACACGCAGAGCUUUACAGCUAAAUGUCCUAAUUAUAGUAGAAAAUAAAGGAAAAAAAUCACACAGAGGUGAAAGAAAAUCAUGAAAUACAAUAUCAUCUUAAAAUAUGACUUGAUCAACAACCAGUUUGGACUAAUUAGCUUGAACUAUCUUCAUAAGAAAAUGCAAUAAAUAAGUAGGCCAUCCAUACAUAGCAAUAUAUAUAAAAUAUAGAACAUGUUUUACUUCUACAUUUCCCCCAAGUGGCACCAAUAAAGUGUAUAUUGCAAGUAUAAAUAUAUCACUGUAUGUAUAAAAUAUUAUACCAAACACAUAAAUCAAGUUAAAGCACAUACAUAUCGAACCUACAAUGUAACUGAAGGUAUACUGAGCAGGAGGAUGGGGGCCAUAAAAGCACUUUAUUGGUGCCAUUUUGGGACAGGAUGUAUAAAGAAAAUAUUUUCUAUAUUACUUAUAAGGUGUGUUUUGGGUUUCUUAUUUCUGGUCUAUGAUUUUUCCUGGUAAUAGGAUUCUCCCAUUUAGCACCCUAUAGAGAUCUUAUAUACCCAUUACUGUGACCCAUAUAGUUGAGCGCUCUGAUGAAUCUGUUUAUUAUUGUGCAUACAUAGCUAGCAGGAAAAGUAUUCUUGUGCUUUCUGAGCACCCUUGACGCUUUGUUUCCUGCACUCCCAUCACUAACCCUAGGCAAUGACAAAGGUGGCAGGAGUUACAGUAGUCUUCCCAUGCCUUAACACAUGGCUUACCAACACCUUCUCCAGAUCGCUAGCUCUAAGUAAUGACAUCAGUGGCAGUAGUUAAAGUAGGCUUUCCAUGUACCUACACAGGGCUUAACAUUUUCUCCCCAUCACUAGCCCCAAGGGUGACAGGAAACAUGACAUUAAAAGACUCAUUAUUCUCCUGGCCAGAGAUCCAAUGUGAUGACAUUAGUUUAGAAAAUCAGCACCUGAGACAGGAUAUGAUAGCAUUAUACAAAUGUAUUAUGGGCCAAUACAAACCAUUGUCUUAAAAUCUAUUCAUAAAGGAUUAUACAUAGGACACAAUGUCACGCAAUUAGACUCGAAGAAAGGAGAUUUGGUCUAAGGCAAAGGAAAAGGUUUUUUUACAGUAAGAACAAUAAAGAUGUGUAAUUCUCUGCCUGGAGAGGUAGCUUUAUCAGAAUCUAUACAGAUGUUUGAACAGCAAUUGGAUAUAUACUUGCAAACAUAAUAUUCAGGAAUAUAAUUUUUAAUUAGCUUCUUGAUCCAAGGAGAGAUCUGACUGCCAUUCUAGGGUCAAGAAGGAUUUUCCCCCCUUGUUUGUUGCAAAAUUGGUAGCGCUUUAAACAUUUUUUUUUUCUUUAUUUUGGAUCAACAGCAAAAACAAAUGUGAAAAAGGAUGAACUGGAUGGACGCAUGUCUCUUUCCAGCUAUGUAUCUAUGUACUAUGUAGACAAGAAAUAGCGGCAGAGGAUUGAUAAUAUGUUCUCGGAGAGUGCUAUUGGUAGUAGGAAGUCUCAAUACAGUGACAGCCUUUCAAUUUUUAAAUACUGCGUGUAACGGAUCACCUGGCACCCCAACUGGGUACCUCCAUUGAAGGAUGCUCCUUGCACUUCCUGAGGACUCCAAGCACUGCAGCAGACACCAAAACCACCGAACCGUAGGAGCAUAUGAAUGUUGUAUACAGCUGAAUAGGAAAAAACAUGCGAAUAGGUUUAGACUCCUAGCAGUCAAACUGGAACAGCAUACAAUAAAUCCUCCCCCAAUAAUGAGACGACACUUCACUUUGAGGGUUAAGCAGGAACUGACUGGACUGGCACAUACAGCCUCUUUUAUUCCCAAUCCACAAACUUAGUACUGCCCACAGGGUUUUACAGAACAACCAAUAACACGUACAAUACACUCAGACACUCCCACACAAAAUCCUCCCCUCUGCCUGUCAUACAAUUACCUUACACAAUGGGUAAUCUAAUUAUCACAGACAGAGAAAUACAGUUUCAUAAAACACAUCACAGGGACCCCAAAACUUGCAAUAACCCCAUAAAAAUAGUAUAUCCUUGGAACCGGGGUAUCUGGGUGAACCACAUUUCCAAAAUUCACCCAGAUCCAUUCAGUACUUUGGAAGAUACAGUUUAAUGCUGAUUCUGCAGAACAUAUACAGGCUAAAUGAAAAACAAUCACUGUAUAAUGUGUCCCCUGCUGUAUAGUCCAAAACCACUGCACAAUGUCUCUGUGCACCAAAUACUGGCGAGAUGACACCGUGUUGAAAAGUCCAAACAGUGUCUGUGAGUUAAAAUGGCCACCAUCCAUUGUUCUCACCAUGUGCUUCAUCCAUUGUUCUCACCAUGUGCCUCUGAUACAGGAAAUGGUGGCCACCCAGUAACUGCACAGUAUGUCCCCAGAUGGUUCUUAAAGGGCCAGCAGCAGCACAACACAAAUCCAUUAUGCCCAAAUCAUGUCUUUAAAGGGCAAUACAUCCCAGGGGCCAUAGUCACAUGGCAGGAGGCUGGCAAGCAGUCUUCUCCAAUGCCCAGUAGUGAGGUCGGUUUCGCCACACUGCGCUACCCGCACUUCAGACUGCUUCACUAUAUGCCUGUCACAAACCUGAGGUGGAGUAGGGCUGGGUGCUGUACUCCUGGCAUAGUCCUAGCCCAGGAUGGGGGGAGCAAAAGUGAAUUGCUCAGUUAUAAAAAGAUGUGGCAAGCUUAUGUUUCAUGUGCCCACUAAGAGUUCUCUGCAUUCCAGUUUUGUUUGGGCAAAUGGGUGCUUAGUCCCAGGAAAAAUGGAAUCACAUGAUUGUGUAAUAUGUGUAACUAGAUUGCGUGGAUGAGAGUACUACUAAUGUCAAGUGGUCUGGGCAUUGUUAAAGUCCUCCUUUUUAAUUACCCAUAUGCUAUGUGUCACAUCCCCCUCACCUCCAUACAGCGUGGCCGUAUCCGAUCGCUGUGGUCACGCUGUUAAAAAAAUACCUGAGGCAAGUCAGCCUGCCAUCCAGCACCCUCGUGGUGCGAUCCCCAGCCGGUGCAGCAUUAUAAUGAAUGCAAGCCACUACAGUCCCACAAAGCAUUUUAGCCAUGCCUCAAUACUAAACAAAGAUGGCGCCAACGUGCGAGUGACGCCUCGCAAACGACGGGGUCAAAGGCAAUGUACAACCAAUCAUACCCUUAGGAGGUUUAUUUAAACUCAAAAUAGCAUUUGGCUAGUGCCCUGUCGUGGGUUCCACUAGUUGGUUGUCAGAGAGUGCAUUGUUCUAGUUCUUUUUGGUAUUUGACCUUGGCUUGUAUUUUGACUUUCUAUUAAUCUGGUAUCCUUGACCUUUGGCUUGCUUCCUCGUUGUGUCUUUUUCUGUGUCCCUGACCUCAGCUAGUUUUUUGACCAUUCUUUAUUAAGUUAAGUCCGGCCAUUCUAAGGCCUGGUAUAAGUUGUCCUUGUUCAUUAUGUGUUCUAUUAUAUGUUACAUAGUUCUGUGUGUUGGGUUAUAUAGUAAUCGUAACACUAUGUAUUUGUAGCGGAUCCUGGAGAUACUUACAUUCAUUUUAGAAAAUUAACAUAUAUCCAGACCAUAUAAUGGACAAAAGUCCUAUCACCCAUGUUGUGUGAGACUCAGGAGAGAGACUGUAACCCCCAAGUUUUCCUUUGUUAAUCACCUUGUCACAUGAGGGAAGAGGAAGCAGUCCAUCCCAGUUCCUUCCUGGCUAUUAGGAAGUUGGUGGUGGUACUGGGCACUACAGUAUGGGGUUUUUUUUUUUCUUUCUUUCUUUUUUUUAAUGUCAGUGUUUCAAUCGGAAUAAAAUUGACAAACACUGUCAAUGUGGAUGCAAAUUGUUUGAAUAAAUGUCUGAAUAUGGAUUUUUCACCUUUGAGGUUGUUGUGCAAAAGUGUACUUCACUGUUAACCCCUUAAGGACAGUGGACAUGCAAUGCCGUCCUUGGGGACCCGGCUUUAAAUGCCGGCGGGGGGCGGCAUAGCACAUCUACGCCGUCCUGGCCACUUACCUGCUUGCCAGCGAUCCCACGCCGGCUAUCCCGUUGGCGGGUACUUACCUGGCAUUCCAGGGAGUCCCCAUGCUGCCGAUCCGGCCCUACUGGGCCAUGUGAUCGCGAGGUCCUUGCGAGGACCUCAUGUUCACAUGGACGGAAUAGCUGUCCAUAGCAGUGCCAGCAGGGGGAGUACCUGUAAUGACAGGUAGUCCCCCUGCUGCCUAUAGAAAAGUUUAAACACAGUUUAGAAUUAAAUAAUAUAUUAUACUUCGAUCAUAUAUAUAUAUAUAUAUACACACACACACAUACACUGUCUUAGUGUAUUUUUAUAUAUUAAUAUCAAAAUACACAUAGAAUAUAUAUUUAUUAUAUAUAAAUUUAAUAAAUAUGUUAAAAAUUAAAAAAUAAAUAAUUUUAAAAAUCUAUAUAUGUGUAAUUUCGUUCUAACUGUAUUUUGAUAUUAAUAUAUAUAUCUACUGAUAUCAAAAUACAUUUAAAACAAAAUGAUAUAUAUAUAUAUAUAUAUAUAUAUAUAUAUAUACACACACACACACAGACCUAUAUACAAAUAAAAAUAAUUUUAAAAAAUUAUAUACAGUUGCAAGAAAAAGUAUAUGAACCCUUUGAAAUGAUAUGGAUUUCUGCACAAAUUGGUCAUAAAAUGUGAUCUGAUCAUCAUCUAAGUCGCAACAAUAGACAAUCACAGUCUGCUUAAACUAAUAACACACAAAGAAUGAAAUGUUGCCAUGAUUUUAUUGAACACACCAUGUAAACAUUCACAGUGCAGUUGAAAUCCAUAUCAUUCCAAAGGGUUCACAUACUUUUUCUUGCAACUGUGUAUAUAUACGUAUAUAAUAUAUAUAUAUAUUUUUAUGUAUUUAUUUAUGUAAUAUUUUUACAUAAUUAAGUAAUUUGAAUCAUUACAAUUUGCGGGACCUGCCUGAUAACCCAGGCAGAAGGUCCAGAGAAUUUAAUUUGCUAGCACUAUAUUUAACCCUACAACUUUCCAAGACACCAUAAAACCUGUACAUGACUAUUUUACUUGGAAGACUUCGCUGAACACAAAUAUUAGUGUUUCAAAACAGUAAAAUGUAUUACAACAAUAUUAUCCAUGUAAGUGACGUUUUUUGCAUUUUUCACACACACAAACGGCACUUACACUGACGAUAUAAUUGUUGUGGUACGCUUUACGGGUUUGAAACACUACUAUUUGUGUUCAGUGAAGUCUCCUGAUUAUAACAGUACCCCUUGUGUACAGGUUUUAUGGUGUUUUCAACAGUUACAGAGUCAAAUAUAAGGCUUGUGUUUCAGUUUUUUCACAUUGAAAUUCGCCAGAUUGGGGUAUGUCCAGUCUUUUUUAGUAGCCACAAACACUGGCCAAAAUUGGUGUUCAAAUUAGUUUUUUGCAUUUUUCACACACAAACAAAUAUUAACACUAACGUUGGCCAGUGUUUGUUACAAGGUGGCUACUAAAAAAGACUGGUCAUACCCCAUUUGCAGUACCUUGGGUUGUCUACUAUUGCAAAUGGUAUGCCAUCAUGGGGGUAAUUCUCAUUCCUGGGCUACCAUACGGUCUCAAAGGCAACGUAACCAAUCUGGAGAAUUUCAAUGUGAAAAAAACUGAAAAAUGUAACAUGCUAUAUUUGACCCUGUAACUUCCCAAAACACCAAAGAACCUGUACAGAGGGGUUACUGUUUUACACGUGAGACAUCGCGGAAUACAAAUAUGUGUAUUUUAUUGCAGUAAAAGCAUUAUGACAUUCACAGUUAAAAUGUCAUGCAGAACUAAAUAAAUUACAAAAUGUCUUAAUAUCUCAAACUUAUUUAUAUUUUAUUCAUAUUAAAUUAUGUUUCAUAGCUAAAUAUUUGAUGUUAAAUGAAAGCCCUGUUUCUCCUGAAUAAAAUUAUAUAUAAUAUGUGUGGAUGCACUUAAUAUGAAAGAGGUGAAUUAUGGUUGACAAGACAGCCAAAUUCCAAGUUUUGUUUACGUUUAAUUUUGAUCAAAACGUGUACAUUUUGCUCAGUCCUUAAGAGGUUAAAUGUACUUUUCAAACUGUAAAUUCUCGUCAAAUUCAGCUAUUAUUAAUGAAUUUUGCAAGUUGGAGGCACAUGUGUAGAUAAGUGGAAUACUCUCUUACAGCUGCAAAAUAAACAUUGCAUUGAGUGAAAAUUCAAAUUCUUGCUCAGAAAAUAAAAAAUGGUGCAUUGUUCUAAACUGAAGACCUAAUUUACAAAAGCAAACAAUGUUUCUUAACCCCUUACUAUUCCCAUAGUAUUUGGUGGAACAGCUACAUGAAACCUAUCAGGCCCAAGGCAACAGCCCACAAUAAACAGUGUAAUGAUACAGUGCUGCUUUCUUUAUGGCCAUAAUAGAAAAUCCUUCCCACCUUAAUAAAAAGCAAAGAAUAUGAGUGCACAGAAAUUGCGAUCUAAGAGCUGUCACAGACAUCCCCUCCCAUCCUGCCCUUUUACCUUAUGUUGUUGUUACUCUUGUGUGUGAUUAUUUUAGUUCAACCCACUAAUCCUGCUCGCUCUCUGUCUUAAGUACACAAUUGUUUUGAUCUAAUCUUUGUCUCAAUAUGCCUUGUUUUAGGACAGAGAAUUGCGCCCAGAAGAGAUAGAAGGUAAAUGCUUUAACUGUGGACUACAUUGCUUGCCUGAUUAUUGGAAGUCACAGUGCAGUAAUAUUAUAAAAUAUAUCACUAUAACAGACUGGAGCAUGAAUAUGGAGUAUCAGGGGCCCCGGAAGCAUGAGUUUGUUUGGCCCCAUUAACCAUCCCUAUAAUAGAAUGAAAGUGUUGGCACUGGUAACCUGCCUCGAGCCAUGUGGGGUCUUAAUCCUUCUCUGGAUAUGAUAUAGGCAGGCCCAGACUCGCUGACAAGUUGAGGCCGACCAGAUAGACUAAAGGUUCUCCCCGGCCAGGCAUGCAGGGCCGACCCUCAGUGAGUGUGGCCAAAAGAAAGAAUGUAGUCCCUUUCAUGGUUGGUAUGGAGAUAAAAGAUCUCCCUGAGAUCGGGCUGCUCAACCUUUAAAUGCCGGGUCAAAUCUUUUUCCCAGUCCGUCCCUGGGUACCAGUGUGGACUGAUAGUAAUGUGAAAAGUGUGUAAAAAUACUGUAUGUUAACAGUUGGGGUUUGAUGUGGCUUGUGAUAUCUGUCUGCAAUAGGGGGUGUCUAAUAUGUUUAAAGGGAGGGAAUAUUUUACAUAAGAAAUAUAGAAAAGGUGUCAAGGUGUGAGUUAUUAUGGAAGUAUGUUUUGAAUGUUUUGAAUGAAAUGUUACAUGCUCCAGGAGGCAUAGUGUAAGUUAUUUUGGAUAACUUCUGGGUUUUUCUGCAGAGCUCAGAGAAGCAUUUAAAGAGUUUGACAAAGAUAAGGAUGGCUACAUAAGUUGCAAAGACCUGGGGGACUGUAUGAGGACCAUGGGGUACAUGCCAACUGAGAUGGAGCUUAUUGAGUUGUCACAGCAGAUCAACAUGAACCGUAAGUCCAGCUCCCCAUUAUAAUAGUAAUUUCAGGAGAAAUCUCCUUGGUAACCAUGAAUUUAGUAACAAUCUUUAAACUUACUUCCUUGUUUUCUAGUUGGAGGCCAUGUAGAUUUUGAUGAUUUUGUGGAGUUGAUGGGACCCAAGCUUCUUGCUGAGACAGCAGAUAUGAUUGGAGUAAAGGAGCUUCGAGAUGCUUUUAAAGAGGUAAACAUAAAUUCCUGACACCAUAUGUAUUCCGUAUCUAGCUAAUCAACAUUCUUAAUGUGACCUCAUAUCACUCUCUAGACAGAGUCUAUUAAAUAAAUCCUGAUCAUAGAUUGAGAAAGGUCCUGCCACCUAAAAUUGUUUAAAAGGCCCAGGCCAGCUGUGAUCACAUUCAUUAGUAAAUACUGUGGUGGAUAUAUGUAAGAGAAUGUUCUCUGAUAGCUCACCUUCCCCUUUGCUGGAAAUAAGAAAUUUGCAGUAUUAAUGAAACAGAAAAUUAUUUUAUGUGGAUAAUUAAUGCAUGGAAAGUUAGUGCAGCUGUGUUGUUUUUUCACGCUCUGGUAAUUAACAUCUGACAUCAUUAAGAAUUGCUUGUCCAUUUGUUUUAAUAAGGUUUUCAUAAUCAUAAUUACUGUUGUGUAUUGUAUUUUCUCUAAUAUGCCAGUUUGAUACUAAUGGUGAUGGAGAGAUCAGUACAAGUGAACUCCGUGAAGCAAUGAAAAAGCUCCUCGGACAACAGGUUGGCCACAGGGACAUUGAAGAUAUUAUACGUGAUGUUGAUCUCAAUGGUGAUGGCCAGGUGGACUUUGAAGGUAAAUAUAAAGGAGCCUGUGGAAUCUAGAAAGUAUAAUUACAUUUUGAGAAAAAAAACAAAAAAAAAACAAACAAGUGCAAUAAACAUUAUUUGGUUGAGCAGAAACCAAGUGGAGACACUUUUUGCUAGAAGCAUUAUUUCUUGCUGAAUUGUAAACUGAAGAUCAAAUGACAAUACAAAUGGGAUGUUUAGGAGCAAGGCUGUGUUCAAGACUUGGUUGCAGAGAUCAUGUCAGCAUGCUUGUAUGCAUAGCAUUAAACAUGUCUUACUUUGUCCACGCAUGAAGCAUGGAAACCUUUUAGACAGUCUAGGGUGCCCAUAUAAUCAACUGGGAUUGAGUAAGGGAAUAUGCAUCAUUUCACUCAAAAAAGUUUACACUAGGGAGGGCGGAGCUUAGCGCCUGAGACGAACGGAUGCAGUCAACCGUAGUUCCGGAUAUUUGACUAAUAAUCAGACAAAAUUAUCUGCACCCAACUUCACCAGGAGAGGGUGAGCAACAGACCCAUGCCUUUCUUGUACCCGAAAUCAGGAAAGAAGGCUUGCCGCAAAUCCGGGGCCUAUUUAGAGUAUUCAGCCACAAGGGCCACCACACGGGACCUUGAGGCCGAGAUUGCAGAGCUCUAUAGCUCCCCUUGGUUGCCUGACAACCCCUCUCAUCACAUAGACGCCAUGGGAAACAGAUCCCAAAAACCGCAGCCUAGCUCCAGCAAAGACUUUCAUGACAUUGGGGCAGUGCUACAACGCCCAGCAGCCUCCAAGAUGGCAGCCCAGUCAGACAGCGGAGUGAAGAGGGCAGACUCCCAAGCAGACCCGACUGCAUCUGGGGACACAAUCUCUCCCACGACACUCGUAGAGGAAAUGGCAGAAAAAGACCCGCUAGCCCCAGCAACUAAACAGGAUAUUGCUAACCUCUUAAAGGAGCUAAGUCAGAUGUCAGCGACGGACCUGGAUGCAGUCCACACCGAAGUGCAGACAGUGUCAGCACGUACACAAGCUACAGAGGAAGAAGUCCUGGAGCUCAAGCGAGAGGUACAAGGGCUGAAAGACCAAAUGCAGAGCCUACAUAGACUUCCCUGACACAGAGGGUAGAUAUCACUGUCACGUAUUCAUCCACACAUAAAAAUGUGGUUAAUGGCAUUUACUGUCCUGACAGAAAAAGUUGUGCCGAGCAACAUUACCUUCCUGACAGGAAAAGUUGUGCCGAGCAGCAAUCAUGCACAUGGAAACCUGGUAAUUAGUUUUGGGGUCAAAGGUCGGUCAUGGCCAAUCAAAUCCACAGGAGGGUUUGGGCUGAGCAGCAAUCAUGCACAUAGAAACCUGGUAAUUGCCUUUGGUGUCAAAGGCCGGUUACAGCCUAUCGGAUCCACAAGAGGGGUAUUUAAACCCAAUUCUCCUCUUGCUCAUUGCCCUGUCGUGGUUUCAUGCCUAUGGUUAUCCGAGAGUGCGUUCCUGAUCUUGAUUUUCUGGUAUUUGACUUUGGCUUUGUUUUGACUUCCCUGAUAUCUGGUAUCCUUGACUUUUGGCUUUCCCUCAUCUUUGUGUCUGAUUCUGUGUCCCUGACCUCGGCAAGUAUUUUGACUAUUCUUGGAGAUUCUAAGGUCCAGUUAUAUGUUAUCCUUAGUCCUAUGUGUGACACAGUACUGCGUGCUGGAUCAACUUUUAAUUCUGACACACUGAAGAUCACAAUAGACGAGCCAAAUAUUAAAAUCCAAAGCAUCCGGGACUCGUUAGGUCAGGCCAAACUACCACACUACUUAAGGCGUCUGACAGAAACACUCCUACCUCACUCUCAGGCUAAAAAGCUCCAGUUUAACGGCUGCUACAGGAUCAAUAAAUCCAGACAGCCUCUGUCCGAUGCCACCUAUGACAUUUGUACACAGUCAUUCAUUGUCGUACAAGAACCGCAUUUUAGCAGCAGUAAAAGGCAAAACCCCAUUGGACUUUGAGGCUUCCAAGCUGACAUUUUUUCAAGAUCUCACCAGGAAUAUCCUACAAUGUUGAAAGUCCCUUGGCACAGUCACGGGUCAAUUAAGAGAAGCUGGAGUGGAAUACCGCUGGACUCUAUCAAGAUCCCUUAAAGCUACUACAGCGGAUGGCAGAUUGCGGAGAAUCACCUCCAUAACAGAUGCUGCAUCAUUCCUUCAAACAGUGGGACUAAGCCCACAUCCAGACGAGCCUAAUACCUCCUCCAAUACCCAGUCCUGGGAUCCAGCCCGAACGAAGCCGUUCAUACCUGGAAGGGCAGAGAAGCCGGGUGCAGCGACCUGAAUCACCCUCUCUGUCUUACGCUGUAUUCUUUAAUUAUAUUUUUGUUCAGUAUUAUAACCGUUAAUUUAAUAUUUGCUCUCAUGCCUUAACACAACGUUAAGUAACUUCAUGCCUAACUAGGCCUAGUCUAUUCACACAGUUCUGCCCCAAGACAGGUCAUCACAGCUACGAUAGUACCCAGACCCAUGAGAAGGUUCACUAAUCCCCCCUCCAUGUCCCCCUUGGUUAGGGGUCAUUCAUCUACCAGUUACAAACAACAGGUACCCAACAUGCCAACAGAGGUGUCAUUUAAAGUAACACCCGACUUGCCUACAUGAGAAUAGAACACACUAUCAGUACAUGGUGGCCCGGUGUCAGAAUAGCCCGUUACAGUCAAUUGAUCAUCCUACCACCCACCUACGAAGUACCCACACCUAACACGGCUAACAGAUAUGAAUCAUAACGCACAGCUCCAACUGAUAUACACACAGAAAAAAAAAGUAAAAGAGGCAUGCUAAUGUUGACUGCUUAAAAUUGUCAAUGUUACACAUUUGUGUUUUUUUUCUCAAGUUAUUCUGUGAACUCUAAAUGCCUGUAAACUUGUCUCAAUAAAACAAAGAUUGACAAAAAAAUGUAUACACUAUUCUGAAAAGAAUGGAAAGUAAUCAUCAUUUUGCAUUGGUUUUGUUUUUUCUAUAAGAAAAUCAAUACAUUAGAACAGUGUACACAGGGCCGAACUGGGGAUACAAAGCAGCCCUGGGAAAAAAAAAAUCUAUGCCAGCCCCAUAAGUCAUCGUGCUAUGUAGUGUGUGUGUGUGUGUGUGUGUGUGUGUGUGUGUGUUUUUAUAUAUAUAUAUACAGGGAGUGCAGAAUUAUUAGGCAAAUGAGUAUUUUGACCACAUCAUCCUCUUUAUGCAUGUUGUCUUACUCCAAACUGUAUAGGCUCGAAAGCCUACUACCAAUUAAGCAUAUUAGGUGAUGUGCAUCUCUGUAAUGAGAAGGGGUGUGGUCUAGUGACAUCAACACCCUAUAUCAGGUGUGCAUAGUUAUUAGGCAACUUCCUUUCCUUUGGCAAAAUGGGUCAAAAGAAGGACUUGACAGGCUCAGAAAAGUCAAAAAUAGUGAGAUAUCUUGCAGAGGGAUGCAGCACUCUUAAAAUUGCAAAGCUUCUGAAGCGUGAUCAUCGAACAAUCAAGCGUUUCAUUCAAAAUAGUCAACAGGGUCGCAAGAAGCGUGUGGAAAAACCAAGGCGCAAAAUAACUGCCCAUGAACUGAGAAAAGUCAAGCGUGCAGCUGCCACGAUGCCACUUGCCACCAGUUUGGCCAUAUUUCAGAGCUGCAACAUCACUGGAGUGCCCAAAAGCACAAGGUGUGCAAUACUCAGAGACAUGGCCAAGGUAAGAAAGGCUGAAAGACGACCACCACUGAACAAGACACACAAGCUGAAACGUCAAGACUGGGCCAAGAAAUAUCUCAAGACUGAUUUUUCUAAGGUUUUAUGGACUGAUGAAAUGAGAGUGAGUCUUGAUGGGCCAGAUGGAUGGGCCCGUGGCUGGAUUGGUAAAGGGCAGAGAGCUCCAGUCCGACUCAGACGCCAGCAAGGUGGAGGUGGAGUACUGGUUUGGGCUGGUAUCAUCAAAGAUGAGCUUGUGGGGCCUUUUCGGGUUGAGGAUGGAGUCAAGCUCAACUCCCAGUCCUACUGCCAGUUCCUGGAAGACACCUUCUUCAAGCAGUGGUACAGGAAGAAGUCUGCAUCCUUCAAGAAAAACAUGAUUUUCAUGCAGGACAAUGCUCCAUCACACGCGUCCAAGUACUCCACAGCGUGGCUGGCAAGAAAGGGUAUAAAAGAAGAAAAUCUAAUGACAUGGCCUCCUUGUUCACCUGAUCUGAACCCCAUUGAGAACCUGUGGUCCAUCAUCAAAUGUGAGAUUUACAAGGAGGGAAAACAGUACACCUCUCUGAACAGUGUCUGGGAGGCUGUGGUUGCUGCUGCACGCAAUGUUGAUGGUGAACAGAUCAAAACACUGACAGAAUCCAUGGAUGGCAGGCUUUUGAGUGUCCUUGCAAAGAAAGGUGGCUAUAUUGGUCACUGAUUUGUUUUUGUUUUGUUUUUGAAUGUCAGAAAUGUAUAUUUGUGAAUGUUGAGAUGUUAUAUUGGUUUCACUGGUAAUAAUAAAUAAUUGAAAUGGGUAUAUAUUUGUUUUUUGUUAAGUUGCCUAAUAAUUAUGCACAGUAAUAGUCACCUGCACACACAGAUAUCCCCCUAACAUAGCUAAAACUAAAAACAAACUAAAAACUACUUCCAAAAAUAUUCAGCUUUGAUAUUAAUGAGUUUUUUGGGUUCAUUGAGAACAUGGUUGUUGUUCAAUAAUAAAAUGAAUCCUCAAAAAUACAACUUGCCUAAUAAUUCUGCACUCCCUGUAUAUAUAUAUAUAUAUGAGAUUUUUCUACAUACACACACACACACAUAUAUACAUACAUAUUAUAUAUAUAUAUAUAUAUAUAUAUAUAUAUUAUCGGUAUAUUUCUUUUUCUAAUUAAAAAUAUUAGUCCUUUCAGGGUAAUUAAAUUAUACAGUAAAGCAUACUCACAUACAGACACAGACAAUAUUACUGACACAGACAAUCUCAUUGACAUAAAAACACAAGCUCACUGUCACACACAAAUGGUCACUACAGACAAGCUCACUGCACACACACAUGGUCACUACAGACAAGCUCACUUCACACACAUGCUCACCACAGACAAGCUCAGACAGACUCAUGCUCCCUUACAGACAGACAAUUUCACCAACACACACACACAUAAUCCCUACAAACAAGCUCACUGACACACAUACAAGCUCACUCACAGAAGCUCCCUCGCUAGCACACACACACACACAGAAGCUCUCUCACUAACACACACACACAAGCUCACUCACUAGCAGGUAUACACACACACACACACAGAAGCUCAAUCACUAGCAGGUACACACACACACAGAAGCUCACUCACUAGCAGAUGCACACACACACACAGAAGCUCACUCACUAGCAGGUACACACACACAAGCUCAUUCACUAGCAGGUACACACACAGAAGUUCACUCACUAGCAGAUGCACACACACACACACAGAGAAGCUCACUCACUCACUAGCAGAUGCAAACACACACACACACAAACUCACUCACUAGCACACACACAAAGCUUACCUGGCAUUGGUAGGUGAAGGUGUCAAUGUCUGGCCUCUUCAUUCCAGUGAGGUCUGGGGAAGGGGCUUGUGUUUGGGAGGCCGGGCUCCAGUGUGGAGGCGGAAUAUGUGGCCGAAAUGAAGGUAAAUAGUGCAGGGAGACUGACAGGUCUCCCUCCGGCCGCAGACAGAGAAAUUGCGCCUGCUCCAGCCCCCAGCUCCUCCCUCAUUACUCCCCUAGGACUGACACAGGCUGGCACAGUCUAAGGGGAGAAUCAUUUAAAUUACAGGAGCCUGAUCAGUGAUGAUUAGGGCUGUCAGCCAAGGUGCCGCAUCCCACCGGGAAAUUUCCCGGUAUCCCAGUGGGCCAGUCUGACCCUGAGUGUACACUCAUUUUCCGUACUUACAAUUGCUAGAGUACAAAUUCUAUUGUAGUUUACUUACUUAUUGCAUUCUUUGUUAGGAAAGUAGUGUAUAUGGAUUUACUAUGUUCUACUGUUCGGUAGGAUUGUGUUCUUUGGUUAGUGUAUAUACAUAUGUUGACUUUAAGUAUUUAUUUACAGAGUUUGUCCGGAUGAUGUCACGUUGAACACCGGAAGAUAAAUGACUGUUAUCUGAAUGAUAUACCUGCCCUGGAGAGGCAGUGCCUGCACCAGUAUCCUAACAUCCCUGUCAUAAAUGGGCAGUGCCCAUGUUACCCAUACUGUCCCCACCUGGAGGGGCUGUGCCCAUGUUACCUCCAAAUGUUCUGUUUGAUGGUUAUGGAAUCCUGCAUAAACGAUUCCAGCUGUAUGUUCAACUGCUCUGAUUCAUAUCGUACUGUUCCACAAAUAUAGUUUCAAACCCAGCAUGGACCCUAACAACGGGGUAACUUUCAUGGCCUUUUUGUGACUUUUGGGCAUAAGGAAGAACCCUACAAAAUGAUGAAAAAGAGCAGACCUCUUUAUGCAUGAGUCAGACCCCUGUGUGUGACUUUACUCUUAGAGGAUUUGUGCAAUAAUAGAUUAGAAUGUGCUUCCCGAAUUUCCACAAAGUUAAAUAAAUAAUCAACAUUAUCAGUAUUUGUGGGCCUGCAAUGGAAAAGUUGUAUGUAUUCUACUGACUGCUACCUAAUUAACACAUAUAUAAUAAUUUAUAUAAAUAUAGAUAAACAGAGACAAACACAACAAAAAAGUAUUGUUCAAAACAUUUAACCAAUAUAUAUCCAAUAUAACACAAUUCGGAUUGGUGGAUAUAAAGCUACAAAUAAAAUAUAUAUAUUAAAUGCCAAAUUACCGUGUCAGAUACCAGUUAAGAGUAAUCUGAAAAAUCUCUCAUUCUGUAGAAUAAUAAAAUGCUAAAUAAUAGAUAAAACAUACUGUGCCUAAAGUAACAUAAAUGCACACAACUAUAUAACAGUGGCCCACCAAUGCAUCACAUUACUUUUUCUUGUUCUGUUACUCCCACAACAUGGAGGAAAGGAGAAAGAGAUGCCUUGCACAUUGAACAUGGCUGAGUGAUCAGAAGCUGCGAUAACUGAAGUUGUGUUACGUUCUUUCAAAUGAAGCAUUUAUUACCAGAAUAUGCCUGCUGUUCCAAAAAUGUGAAUAGUAGCCCAGAGUUUAUGUAGUGGCCUAUAAAUACCAGGUGCAAGGCAACCACAAGCCAUCUGGAAGGUUUGGUUGGCCACACAACUAGACUUUCUUAAUAGAAUAAAUACAUUAGCAUGGUCAAUAGUUCUGCUAUACUUAGCUUUGGGUGUUCCAUCCAUCUUCUUCUGGAAUAAGGUGGGGCACAGGUUCAGAGAAUUAAAAUGCAGUUUCUGGUGCUUGGCAUAGCGCUCAAGUUAAGGAAUUGUGAUUAGGUUCCAGUCUGGACUAAAAGUGACAUUGUGAAAUCAAUAGGGAAAAUAUAUAUAUAAUACACAGAUCUUCAAAAUCACUGUCCUCUAUGGCAGUGGUAGGCAAACGUCGGCACUCUCGAAGGUUUGGACUACGUUUCCCAUUUUGCCUUUACAACCAUAAUCCUGGCAUCACGUGAGAUGUAGUCUGCCAAAAUUUGCCAAUGCCUGCUCUAGGGCAUAUCUCACCCAUCCUACUACUGACCAACCAAUCCAACAUUGUGGUGGUAGACAAAGAAUGGAAGACUGCUGUGGUUGUGGAUGUGGCCAUAAUGUCAAGAAGUAAAAUGAGAAGGUGGACAAAUACCAAGGGCUGAAAGAGGAACUAGAAAUGAUGUGGAAAGUAAAGGCAGUAGUAGUCCCAGUUGUGAUAGGAGCACUUUGGGCUAUAACCCUCUAGUUGGGGGAGUGGCUUCAACAAUUUUCAUGUGGAACAUCUGAGAUCACAGUCCAAAAGAGAAAAUGAAGGAACAGCUAAGAUACUGCGCAGAACCCUCAGACUUUCCAGGCCUUUAAAGAACCAGACUUUGGUACACAGGCAUCUGCAUCUGGGACCAAGAGACAGCAUCAGGUAAACAGGAAACAAUGUUUAGAUACACAGCAAUGCAUGCUGGUAAAACACAGAGAGUGGAGCAUUAAAGUUCUAGACUGGAGUAAACGGGAUAAGGUAUAUUCAAUAAACAAAAAAUACAAGGGCUUAAAAUAGGUUGGUAUAGAUCACACAAGUACUUAGCUGAAGGGACACUGGGUAAAAAAAGAAAUAGAAUGUAAACACUUGUACACACAAGCAGAGGCUUCAAUCACAAUAUGUGUCAUGCUUGCUAUGGGAAUGGAGUGACAGGAUCGACAUUAGGCUUCUGCAGUCCUGCAAAGGUGAGAUGUUGUAACCUAGCAGGAGAUUCGGCACCUAGGAGGGAUCAAGGUAAAAGGACAAACCUUUGUAAAACUGUUUUCUUACUUACAAGGGAAUGGUGCAAGGGUAUUCUACAUAUGAUGGUUUAAGUAACUCUUUAAGAUGAACCUGGGACAGGUUUCUUUAAAGGCCAGAAUCCUGCCUGUCAACACACCAAUAGAACAGCAUUAUAUAAGACACCAGGCUGUGAUACACUCCAGUAACUGAUAAAAAAAAAAAAAGUCAACCAAUAUUCAUUAUUAUUUUAGUAUGGAUAAGGAAAUGUUUGGAAAGAGAAAGAUUUCAAAAGAAGAUGCAACAGUAAUUUGUACAGUGAAAAAGCAAAAUAUGACAGUUGCACAGCUUGAUUGCAAGAGAGUAGAGGUAAAGAUGCAAAGUUACUCCAUUGCUUGUACAAUUUAAACACCUUCAGGGGAUUCUGAGGGGAUUGUAAAUAUUUUUAUUUGGGUGUGUACAAGCCUUUAGAGUCACUUUCUUCUUUUUACCUUUAAAAAUCAAAGCUUAUGAUGCCAAAUGCAGGUAACGCUUCUUAAAGAGAAGAACCAAAUCCAAUGCUCCUCUCUCUAAGAAGCAUUGGAUUGGCUGAGUGUGGAGUUUGCUAUGUCCACAAUGCAUCUUUAUGAGAAGAAUCUGAUUGGACCAUAGAUCAGCAAGGAUGUUGAUUUCAUCAUGGAAGGAUUGAGCGGCAGCCAGCAGACUGCCCAAAAGUGAGUUUUUGCAGCUUUUUUGGCCUCCGACGCUCCAAAUGCAUCCUGAUGUCUACUCCGGACGUCAUACAUAACGCGGAAUGCUCACACACUGCACCUUUAUUUUUAAAGAUACAAUGUGCCUUUUUAUGAUGUCAUCUCCUUAUGACAUCACACAUACAUGUAACUAAUCACU